AUGUCUUUCAUUUCAAGCUCCCUUGACUGUCAAUGCGGAAAAAGAGCUGUCCUUCGCACCUCGUGGACCGAUGAUAAUCCCGGCAGGAGGUUUCACUCAUGUUUGUCAUGGAAGAGAGGAGGAUGCAAGUUCUUUGAGUGGGAGGACCCUCCGAUUUGUCGCCGAGCAAAAUCCAUUAUACCUGGACUCCUAAGAAGGGUUAAUGCUUUGGAGGAUGAGAAUAAAGCUCUGAGACAGAAGAACAUGAGGCUACUCAAAUUUGCAGCAACUAUGGUUGUCUUCAUACUCGUCUUUGUCUUCAUAAAGCUCUGA